AUCAUCAGAAAAUAGGCGGUUCUUUUCAUCCACUCCUGCACACGUGGAGCUGCAGCGUCCGGUCCAGACCAGCAGAGGGAGGUGUUGAGUCCAAAAGGACAGCUUAGUCAGCAUCCCAGUGUCCGGUUCCUCCAUCACUUCCGCUCUCCGUUGCUGCGACACGGGACGUCAACAGCGAUGGCGGACAAGGAGAAGCGCCGGUCCGGUGUGAUCGCUCCGGGGAUGCAGGUGGACAAAGCCGCCAGAUCGGACCUGGACCGGGAGUUCCUGACGCAGGCGGGCGUGGGAGAGCUGCUCCGCGGCGCCGUCCUGAAGAUGGUCGAGGCCAGAUCGGACGACCCGAUCGGGUUCCUGGCCGAUCACUUCUGCAACCUCGCCUCCGUGGCUGACUCCAGCAGCGCCGGCGGAUGCGGGGACGAGGAGCCGCCGAGUAGCGGCGGCCAGCUGAGCGCAGGCGCGCAGGAGCAGCAGCAUCUGAACCGGGCGCUGUGGCACCUGCGGCUGGCGCACCACUCCCAGAGAUCUGCAUUCAGCAACAAUGUCCGUGUGGCCUACGACCUCCUGAACCUCACCGAGCCUUGCAAAAGUACAAGUGAAGCCUCUGAAGUUCCUGACAGCUCCUGCGCUGACAGCCCCACCGGAGGAGGAGGAGCAGGAGGAGGAGUGAGAGGAGGCCUCUACACCCAGACUCUGCAGUGCCUGUGCAGUGAAGGCGGGGUCCCGGCCUCCACCUCCGCCCCCCUGCUCAGACGUCUCCACUGCCAGGACCACGAGGCCGUCCCGUAUGACGUCUUCCGCCACGGCGUGCUGACUUGCGCCGUUUUCUCGGACUACAUCCGGCAGGCCCAGAGGCUCUACGCCGAGGUGUGCUGCCCAGACGAGGGGCCCGCCUCCCGGGGGCUGUGCCUGGCCGCGCUGGGGACCCUGAAGGACGCUCUGGAGACCUCCAAGGGCUGUGACACGAACUGCUCUGUCAACGCUAAUACUAAAGCUAAUUCCUGCCUGGAGAGUAACGUGAAGGCCAUCCGCUACCUGGAGGCCAGUGCCAAAAUCUCCCCCUACAGGCUCGCUCAGGCCAUGUCCGGGGCCCGCACGCGAGGCCCCGGUGGCAACAUGGAUGCCAAGGAGUUUGAAAAUGCUGCAGCAGAGCUGUUCAUCACUCGAGUGAAAGUUUUGUCCUAAGUUUUAGAAUACUAAUCAAUGAAUGUACAGCAAUAUAGAAUAUAUCCUAGAAUGAAUUAUGAGCUGUUCUUCACCUUCCAUACAUUUUAACAUUCUGCUUCCUGACCUCUAACACGACAUGUAAUCAUCCACUGUAAGUUUUUCCUUUGAGGAUUGUUCCUGAUCUGAUUUACAUGCUCUCAAUGAAUACUUUUACUGACUGUAACUGAGCAAGCACCACCAUGUUUUUUUGUUUUGUGUGUAUUCCCCGAAUGUUAAACCCAAAUAUGGACAUUGUUUUACACUUUUAUUACCUUGGCAUUUUUAUG